AUGGUGCGCAAGAAGCGCAAGGUGGGUGACGGCAAGGAGGACGCAGAAGAGAAGGAGACAGGUGGUAAGCUCCCGAAGCUGGACCUGUACAGGGCGCCGGAUGCGCAGGAGGUGUUGGAAAUUGCGCACACGCGGAACCUCUACAAAUCCAACUUGUUUCGCCUUCAGCUGGAGGAGCUUGUGAAGGAGUUGACGCCGAAGAAAGCACCUACUGCCUGUGAGACCGCCUUGCAUAGCUUGAAACCAUUGUUGCUGGGGAAGAUCAAAGCUCGCGAGAUUCAGGCCGACCUCGCCGCCGAGUUUCCGCAUCUCCUCUUCCAACAGCGGAGCAAAGGCGAGCAGCCGAUGAGCUUCCGUCCACCUAAGCGCUUGGAUGUGGUUGGCAGCUUUUUGCUUGGGACUUCUACCAGAGAGUGCUUCACCGUGGAUGUCGCCGUGGAGAUGCCCUCGGAGAUCUUCAGAUCAAAGGACUAUCUGAACUUCCGUUACCACGACAAGCGCGCGGCUUACGUGGGGGAACUACACCGGCAGCUGAGCCUCUUGAUGGAAGGGAGCGACGCUUUGGCUCAUCUACGGUGCGAGAUUGAGGCCUUCCAGGGCGAUCCAUCUCGUCCAGCGCUCCUCUUCAGAUCCGACCUCGCCAGGUGGAGCAUUCGAUUGCUUCCGACCUACCUGCCGGACCUUUGGCCUGCUCGGAUGCUGGCGGUCGAGGCUGAGCAGGUGACCGGAACGCUGUCCGGCCGGCCACGGGCGGCGCUGACGGAGCAUCAGAGGGAAUCCAUCAACGAGGAGUUUGAAUUCAAGGUGCAAGAAGAUAUCAACAACGGUCAACGGUCAACCGAUGUGAAAGGGGAACACCUGGAAACGCUGCAUGGCGUUGCUGAGCGCUUCUCCUUUCUCCGUGAUGCCAUUCGAUUGCUGAAGCGCUGGGCUCUAGCUUGCGGCUUUCUUUCCUCGGACAGUGCGACCUUCACACCCCUCAACGGCUUCAUGCUGUCGAUGCUGUGCGCGCAUGCGGCGAUCACGGCGGGCGUGGCACCCGCGCAGACGACGGCGUUUCAACUUCUUAAGCUGGCUCUCAGUGUGCUUUCGACCACACAGUGGGAGAGCCAGAAGGUCAUCUACGGCAUCUCAGGCUCUGCACCGUUCUCGUCUGCAGAGUCUCCGGGCGCCGCGUACUUCUAUGAUGGCGCCGGAGUGGUGAACUUCUUCUGCUACCUCGGCCCUGUCAUCGAUGAACUUCGUUAUGAGGCGCAGAGGGCGCUCUCUGCGCUGGAUCAGCAGGUGGAACCCUUCGAGACGGUCUUUGCCCGACACGUCUCCCCAGAAGUGACCUGGGACUUACUCGUGCGCACCGUGGAGUUGCCAGAGACUGCGAUGUGUCCGUGUGGACAGCGCAGGAGCGCCGCGAAGGGCUUGCAAGGCGACGAGGCGCGCGACGCGCCCGAAGCGCUGGCGCUGGGAAGGCAACUCCGCUCGGUGCUGAUGGCGGGCCUUGGCGAUCGCUGUGUGCGCGUUUCCUUGCGCCUGCGAGCAGCGUCAUCGGCUCCACGCAGCUCCCGCGCGCGCCAAGCGGCGGGCGUGGUGGUCAUGCUGGGCUUGGUGCUCUCGACGGAACAUUUGGAGCGUGUGAUUGACCGUGGCCCCAGUGCUCAAGAGGAGGAGGCCUCCGAGCGCUUCCGCCAGCUCUGGGGCGACCGCUCGGAGCUCCGGCGGUUUAAGGAUGGCAGCAUCUUGGAGUGCGUGGUGUGGAAGAAACCGCCCCCUGGGUGCGCGGUGGAGUCGCGCAAGCAGCCGGCAGUGGUCACGCAGAUCGUGCAGCACCUACUGUCUCGCCAUGCGAGCCAUAUUCAGACAGAGGUGGUUUCCGGGCCGGUGGGCUUCGUGGAGAAUCUGGGAGAGCAGGAGCGUCGGCUCUGGGUCGCCUUCGACACGUUUCGAACGCAUCUGUGUCAGCUGAGCUCCUUGCCCCUGACCAUCAAGGACGUUCAUCCAGCGGAGUCUGCCUUCAGCUACAUGGGCACCGAAGUGUCUUAUGCUCCCAGACACACGGGCGAUGCGCUGCCACGUCCUCUCUACGAGACCGUCCUGGAGUUUGAGUCCAGUGGACGUUGGCCCGACGACACGGCGGCGGCGCAAAAGGUGGCCGCAGCGCUUUUGUUGCAGAUUCGAGAAGAGAUGUCAUCGGACUUGGGCAUUGAAGCGUCAGCGACGGAAGGCUUUCUGGACUUGCGCUACCCGGAGGCGACCUUCCGGCUGCGGAUCUUCCAUCCCAACGAGAUGGCCGAAGCUGCCCAGAAGGUCACCGACCCUCAGGCCUCUUCCCACGAGAAGGAUUUCCCGGAGGAGGCCAUGCUCGAGCGGCUCAGGUUGCUCUGGUGGCGGCCACGGGUGUACGGAGCUCUGCAUGCGUUGGUGCUUCAACAUCCUUCGUUGGCGGGUGCCACGCGACUCUUUAAGCGAUGGAUGUCCUCACAGACGCUGGGGCGUGGCAAGGUUCGCAGAGCACCUGGUGGCCUAUGUCUUCUUGCAUCCGGCGCCCUAUGA